CGCCAGGCAGGUGGCCGCAGCCUGGUGGCUGGCCACCUGGUGGUGGACGGUGCGAAGGAGGUCCCUUAGAGGAUUUGCUUAUUGAGCUGGACAGUCGUGGCACCACUCAUACUGAGGUCACCUGACAUCAGCUGGUGUGGUGAGUCUCAGUGCCAUAGCCUGCACUGCCGUGUGCACCAUGGUGGUGCCGUCGACUCUGAGUCAUGUGCAGUCGGUGCGGAUGCUUUACAAGACGGUGCUGAGGCUGCACCGUGGCCUACCAGUCGAGUUGAAGGCCAUUGGGGACCAAUACGUGCGGGACGAGUUCCGGCGGCAUCGGGAGGCGGCGCCACCCGAGGCCGGCGUCUUCCUCCAGGAGUGGGCCGGCUAUGCACUCCGACUGGCACAACAGUUGGGUGUGCGCGGCACCCACCGCAGCCGCCCGGUAGGCGCCACCAUCACCGAACAGCAGCUAGACCAGAUGAGCGAGGAGCAGCUGCAUCAGCUGCACGAGCUCUAUCAGGAGACGCAGAACCCGUCGCGAUCGCCCGAUGCCGCGCAGUGAUGAUAGGUGCUGGCAUCUAGGGGCUGGAAAUCAAACCACUAGCUAGCGUGGCAUAUGUAAUAGGUAAUCGUCGUUAAUGGCUUGCGUGUGCAUUGCCUGACACAGUGUUAGUGUUAUGUGUCUCAUCUUUCUUUGGCAUCGAGUUGGAAGAUGUGUGAGCAAACUGCAAGGUCAAUUUUGAUGUCGCCUGAUCCAUAUAGCAAUAGUUGUGUACCUGCCCCCUGGGGACAGCUGCGGUACUCCUUAGAUAACAACGGCGUCGAAAACAAGGCCCCAUGUCUUCUUGUUGGAUCAUGGGGUGGAAACGCUUCCGGACCAGUUGAUGUAUCGUCACACUGCUGCCAUGCUGACUUCUGGCCGCACCCAGCCCAGUGGUCAUGACUGUGACGGACCGGCUUCCCAACCUCGGCUACGCCCAGUCAAGUGGCAGGAUUGUGACGAACCGGCUUUCCGACCUCGUCCGCGCCCAGCUCAGUGGUCAGGACUGUGACGAACCGGCUUCCUGACCUCGGCCACGUCCAGCCCAAUGGUCAGGACUGUGACAAACCGGCUUCCCUACCUCGGCACCACCUGUAGCUGUCAUGACAAAUACGUUUAGUGUGUUAGUGCAAUGUAAGAACAAACGGCUUAUAAGUGCCUUGCAAGAUGUAAUUGUCGUAUAAAGGAAAACACUGUGCAUGGAGAAAUUGCAGAUUACUUUGCUACGGUUGGAACGUGCGUUUGCCCUGCUGGGGAAAUGUGGUUAUAAAAAUGAUCUGUACGGCAUGGCUACAACUGCUCCCUUGCUAGCACGUUGCAUGGGUGAGUGACUUCUAGAAUAAAAGGUGGAAUCUCUCGAC